GCCGGAGCAGCUGCGCGGGGCGGCCGCCGCGGCUUCCACAGCGCUGGGGUAUCGUGAUAUUAGCUGGCUGGACUUCAAGCUGUCUGUGAAUCUUUAAAUCUUACCCUGAAAAUGAAAAACAUGGUGGGGUCCUUCCCAGGAGCUCUUGCUUGUUGCUGAUGGCAGAAACCAGGCUUGUCUGCAGCUCACUCGCAGCCCUUUGGUGUCGACUCAGCCCGCGUCACGCUGACCAUGGAUGGUGCGGCAGCCGAGCAGGAUGGCGCCUUGGAGGACACACCCGGCAGCGGCACUUCACCUCCCCCUCAGGUCCCCCUGAAGCCCCGGGGCUCGCCGGCACUGCCUGACGUGUGGGACAAGGCCCAGCGUGCCGGUGUCGAGGUACACAGAACUUCCAAGGAAGGAGAAAGCCCGCAUGGACCUGGCCAGGGAGGCCUCUGCCAGAACGGGCCAACACCGCAGCUCCCAGACCCACCACUGUCUCUCAAUCCCACCACAAGCCCGGUGGUUCCAGAUGCCUCUCCAGGUGUGGCUGGUUUCCAUGACAACCUAAGGAAGUCUCAGGGAACUAGUGCUGAGGGCAGUGUUAGAAAAGAAGCUUUGCAGUCUCUCAGCCUCAGUCUUCCUAUGCAAGAAACGCAACUGUGCUCCACGGAGUCUCCACUGCCCCUGGAGAAGGAGGAGCAGGUCCGACUUCAGGCUCAGAAGCAGCUGGAAGAGCAGCUCAAACAGUACAGAGUGAAGCGCCACCAGGAGAGGUCCAGUCAACCUGCAACAAAAACAAGACUUUUUAGCACACUUGAUCCUGAGCUCAUGUUAAACCCAGAACACUUACCAAGGGCCAGUACUGUGGCUAUGACAAAAGAAUAUUCCUUCCUGCGCACCAGUGUCCCUCGUGGGCCUAAGGUGGGCAGCUUAGGGCUGUUGGCACAUCCUAAGGAGAAAAAAAGUUCAAAGUCAAGCAAAAUUCGGUCUCUGGCUGAUUACAGAACUGAAGGUUCAGAUGCUGGGAGUUCUGGUGCAAACGCUCCGGCUGCCGACUCCACCAGGGGCGCCCUGAAGCAGAGUAGAAGCAGCGCGUCAGUUGUGUCCGAGAUCAGCCUGUCUCCUGAGACCGAGGACCGUCUGGAGAGCGCCUCGCUAACUGGAGACAGCGUGUCUGAGGCUGACGGAAAUGAGAGUGACAGUUCUUCACACAGCAGUCUCUCCACCCGCGGGACCUGUGGCAUUCUGGUGAACACAGCGGGCACACAGGAAACUGCCCGUGUGGUCGACGGCCAGGAGAUGGCUGCGGACGCUCUGGGCCAGUUCCCCUCGAUUAAGGACGUGCUCCUGGCCGCAGCAGCCGAGCACCAAGACCAAGGGCAGGAAGUGAACGGGGAGGUGCAGAGCCGGAGAAACAGCAUCUGCAGCAGUGUGUCCAUGGAAAGCUCCGUUGCUGAGACUCAGGAUGAAAUGUUGCAGGUUCUGAAAGAAAAAAUGAGACUUGAAGGACAGCUGGAAGCUUUAUCAUUAGAGGCUAGUCAGGCACUUAAAGAAAAGGCUGAGCUGCAGGCCCAGCUGGCCGCCCUGACCACCAGGCUGCAGGUGCAGGCGGAGCACAGCCGCAGCAGCCAGCAGCGGCAGGACUCCCUCAGCUUGGAGGUGGACACCUUGAAGCAGUCCUGCUGGGAUCUGGAGCAAGCCAUGACUGACCUGCAGAACAUGCUGGAAGCCAAAAAUGCCAGCCUGGCAUCCUCCAACAACGACCUGAAGGUAGCAGAGGAGCAGUACCAGAGGCUCGUGGCAAAAGUAGAAGACAUGCAAAGCGGCAUCCUCAGCAGGGACGACACAGUGCACGACCUUCGACAGCAGAUGACAGCCCUGCAGAGCCAGCUGCAGCAGGUGCAGCUGGAACGCACAACGCUGACCAGCAAGCUGAAGGCGUCACAGGCGGAAAUCUCGUCCCUGCAGAACGUCCGGCAAUGGUACCAGCAGCAGCUUGCCCUGGCGCAGGAGGCCCGUGUCAGGCUGCAGGAUGAGAUGGCCCACAUCCAGGUUGGACAGAUGACCCAGGCAGGCCUCCUGGAGCACCUGAAACUUGAGAAUGUGUCCCUGUCCCACCAGCUGACAGAAACACAGCACAGAUCCAUCAAGGAGAAGGAGCGUAUAGCCGUCCAGCUCCAGAGCAUCGAGGCUGACAUGCUGGAUCAGGAGGCGGCCUUUGUGCAGAUCCAGGAGGCGAAGACGAUGGUGGAGGAGGACCUCCAGAGGCGGCUGGAAGAGUUCGAAGACGAGAGGCAGCGGCUGCAGAGGGUGGCAGCCUCAGCGGCAUCCCUGGAGCAGCAGCUAGAGCAGGUUAAGUUGGCUUUGCACCAGCGAGACCAACAGCUGGAGGCUUUGCAGCAGGAGCACCUGGACCUGAUGAAGCAGCUCACCUCGACGCAGGAGACGCUGCAGGCCAGGGAGCAGUCCCUCGGCGACCUGCAGACACGCUACGAUGAGCUGCAGGCCAGGCUGGGGGAGCUGCAGGGGGAGGCGGCUUCCAGAGAGGACGCGAUCCGUUUCCUGCAGAACGAGAAGAUUGUCUUGGAGGUGGCUCUGCAAGCGGCCAAGAGUAGCAAGGAGGAAUUUGACAGAGGAGCAAAACACCUGGAAGAAGGUACCGAGGAAACGUCUGGAAUUCUAGAGCAGUUAAGAGAAGAACUGGCCAUCAAGUCCCGCCAGGUGGAGCACCUGCAGCAGGAGACCGCCACUCUGAAAAAGCAGACGCAGAAAGCAAAGGAACAGUUUGUUCAGCAGAAGGUGAUGGUCGAGGCCUACCGGCGGGAUGCCACCUCCCGGGACCGGCUGGUCAGCGAGCUGAAAGCCGCAAAGAAGGGGCUGGACGCAGAGGUGAAGGGGCUGAGGCAGGAGCUGAUGAAGCUGCACGGGGAGAAGAGGGCCACGGAGAUGGAGCACUCGCGCCUGCAGAAGGAGGUGUCCGAGGUCCACCGGCAGAUGGCGGAUCUUGAAGGGCAUCUCCAGUCCGUGCAGAAGGAGCGGGACGAGAUGGAGACGCAGUUGCAGUCUUUGCAGUUUGACAAGGGGCAGGUGGUCACCCUUACGGAGGCCAACGAGGCGCUCAAGAAACAAAUGGAAGAGCUGCAGCAAGAAGCCAGGAAGGCCAUCACAGAGCAGCAGCAGAAGAUGAAGCGACUGGGCUCGGACCUGACCAGCGCUGAGAAGGAGAUGAAGACCAAGCACAAGGCCUACGAGAACGCUGUGAGCAUCCUCAGCCGCCGCCUGCAGGAGGCCCUCGCUGCCAAGGAGGCUGCAGACGCAGAGCUGAACCAGCUCAGAGCCCAGAGCAGCACCAGUGGCGACGGCGACCUCGCUCUACAUGAAAGGAUCCGGGCCCUAGAGGUGGAGCUGCAGGCUGUCGGCCACAGCAAGGAGCUGCUGGAGAGCGAGCUGCAGCAGGUCAUCGCAACCACUGGCCAGGAGCUGGAGGAGUCCCGGGAGAAGGUGCUGGAGCUGGAGGAUGAGCUCCAGGAAUCCAGAGGCUUCAGGAGGAAGAUCAGGUGCCUGGAGGAGUCGAACAAGAAGUUGGCUCUCGAACUGGAGCACGAGAAGGGGAAGCUUAUGGGCCUCGGACAGUCCAACGCGGCUCUGCGGGAGCACAACAGCGUCCUAGAGCGAGCUCUGGCCAAGAGGGAGGCAGACCUGGUCCAGUUCAAUCUUCAGGUCCAGGCGGUUUUGCAGCGCAAAGAAAAGGAGGAUCGCCAGAUGAAGCAGCUUGUGCAGGUGCUGCAAGCCUCGCUGGAGAAAGAGAAGGGGAAAGUCAGCAGCCUCACGGAGCAGGUGGCUGCUGCCAGGGCAGAAGCUGGUCAUAGCCGCCGCCACUUCAAGGCGGCCACUUUGGAGCUGAGUGAGGUGAAGAAGGAGCUGCAGGCCAAGGAGCACCUGGUGCGGAAGCUGCAGGCCAAGGCCGACAGCCUCCAGUGUCAGGAGGGGAAACGUUCCCAGGAAGUGGCACAGUUCCAAGUGGAGCUGGCCGAGGCCCGGACGCAGCUCCAGCUCCUGCAGAAGCAGCUGGACGAGCAGCUGAGCAAACAACCCAUGGGAAACCAAGAGGUGGAAAAUCUCAGAUGGGAGGUGGAUCAGAAGGAGCGAGAGAUCCAGUCGUUGAAGCAGCAGCUGGACUUGACGGGGCAGCAGGGUCGGAAGGAGCUGGAGGGAAGGCAGCAGAUGCUGCAGAACAUCAAGUCUGAGCUGGAGGUGGUGCAGGAAGAUCUGUCCAGGACCCAGAAGGACAAAUUCAUCCUUCAAGCCAAAGUGUCGGAACUGAAGAACAACAUGAAGACCCUGCUGCAGCUAAACCAGCAGCUCAAGCUGGACCUCCGCCGGGGCGCGGCCAAGACGAGAAAGGAGCUGAGAGGUGAGGCCAGCCCUUCCAGCCCUGCCACCCCCAUCAAGGUCCCCGACUGCCCCGUCCCAGCCUCGCUGCUGGAGGAGCUGCUGCGGCCCCCACCUGCCGUGAGCAAGGAGCCCCUCAAGAACCUCAACAGCUGUCUCCAGCAGCUCAAGCAGGAGAUGGACAGCCUGCAGCGCCAGGUGGAGGAGCACACCUUCACCGUGCACGAGUCCCUGUCCUCCUGGACCCAGGCGGAGGCCCGCCACUCGGACCCAGCCACCGCGGGCCCUGCCCUCCUGGGCGACCACGCCAACCCCCGGGGCGACACGCAGAAACACAGUCAGAACAGGGCUUCCAAAGAAGGACCGGGACAGUGACUGCCACAGCUCCACCGCCAGGUGUUUGUAACUGUGGAAAGGAAUCCUCUUCUAUCCAUGUUAUUUAUUUGAUUGUGUGCUCUGUGUUUUUCUAAGAAAUGAAAUUUACGUUCUGCUUUUGCCUUUAACAAGGAGUAAAACGACAGAAGGAGAGCCAAGGACUGGAGAAACAGUCAUUUGAAUGUCACAGUUAGCUUUCCCGCGAGAUGAGCACAUCUUAGACACCUCGUUCAGAGCUCAGUGCGGAGGUCUUGGUUGUGUUUGAGGGUUCUUUGCGGCAGAGGCAUCUAAGUGAGAGCAGCCAGUUCUGGUAGAAGCUGCAGGACGAGGUCUGCGGCAGCAGCACCUGCACAGGUGGGCGGCCCGUGGGGUGCGGCAUUCACGUCCCUGCUCCACACAGCAGAGCUUCACUUUCCUGCAGAAACAAAAUUUUAGUUGCACCUUUGGCUUUUUAUUUUGUUAAUUUUUUCAAUAGCUAUCCCACCACAGGAUAUGCAUAUAAAUGCCGAAAAUCAUAAUCUAAUCUUUAGGAAGUAUGUGCUCACACGAUUGUCUUUCUAUUGAUUGCCUUUUGAAAAUUUGCUGUCUGGAAAUAAUGUACAUGUAGGAGUUAGGGAUUUCAGUCAGAAAAUUUUAUUUUAAGAAAUAUAAUUAUUUACGUUCUGAAACCAAAUAUUCUUACACAGAAAGGGUCCUUUGUUUAGUUUUACUUUAUUUCUGAGGGUCUUUCCUUCCAGCCUGGUCUCUCCCUGUCAGACCACUGGGCAGGAGCCGAUCAACCCUUGGUCAGACCUGACGUCCGCCAGGAGGCUCAGGACGCCGAGGCUGCCUCACGCUGGCCCGAUGCUUGGGGGGCGCAGGGAGAGCCAGAGUGGGGGGAGGAAGGCAGACGAGGGCAAGAGAGGCUGGGGCUUCCCGCAGAGGCUCCUGAGGUUCCAUCUGAGCCUGAACGCUUUAUAGACAAGGGACAGUCACAAGCCUUUCUCCAGGGCUCACACUUCUCUGCCCCGAGGGAGAACUCUUCCUCAGGGCCUGCAAGAAGCCUCUGUUGGUGUAGUCAUCAAGAGAAACCCCAGAUCCUCUGCGGUCACACUGGUGUCACUCGAGCACAGGCCGGCACCAUGAGGAAGGCGGCUGUGCUCUCCUGAGGUGCCUCAGACACAGGCGCCUUAUUUAAAAUCGGCACUAAGUGUGUGAGGUUCACAUUUCUCACCUAAAAUACUGAAACAGUGCAGGCGCUGAUUCACCAGGAGAGUUGAGGGUUGUAAGUUUCUCCCUUAGUUUGCUAAGAAAAUCUAAAAUAAUAUUUAUUGGCAUGGGUUGGAAGAGACAGAGACUGGGUCCACGUGGCCCUUCUCUGGGUGUUAUUGGUCGGUCCAGGUGUGCUCGUGUCCACGUGUUACGUGUCUGUUCUGCGGAGCAGCAGUUUGUGUUCUCUUGUGAGAUACUGUUAGAAAGUUAACUGACAAGGUUGAGGUGGCAUUAACCACAAAGAUGUUUAGGGUUUACAAAAUAUUCCCUAGCAAGUAUUUGAACUUCUAAAAUACAUGUAUCAUUUGUACAGGGUUAAUUUUGAAAUAAUACUUGAAAACUUCACUAUAAAUAUAUUUUGCUUUUUAAGUUGGAAAUCAUUUUUGACUAAAUUGUCUUCGUACCAUUAGAAAGAAAAUGGUGGCUUACGUUCUUAUUUAUUUUGGCUGCCUUACCCUUUGUUUUAAUUUUAAAACCAAGAAAUAACACUCAGACCCGUUCUAUGGCAGAGCUGCUUUCUCCUUGCGUGUAGACGGUCUUCAGGUGAGUGGUGUUCGUGGUGUGGUUUUCUUCUCUUGGGAUGAACUGAUUCUGAGUGUGUUCAUCCAGUGAGAGCAGAUCUCCGUUCCUCACGCCUUCCCCCUUUGUCUGGUUGUCCUGCGUGUGUGCUUGUGCGUGUACAUGUGCACGUGUGCACGAGAGCCUGUGCACACCCGCAGAGUCAGCACCUCUCGGUGUUCUGUGUCGCCCUGCGCCAGCUGUCGCUGGGACCCUCUUCUGGUCCAGCAGGGCCUGGCCUGUCUCUCUUCCCACCCGCGGGGCGAGGCCCGUGUUUGCUCCUUGUGUUUUCACGCACAGCCUCUGGCUCUGGGCGCGAGGCCUCCUGUGUUCACGCUGACACUGCCUUUGGGCUUCCUCGGGAAGUCACCUUAACGAGGAAGUCGGAUUUCUAAAUUGCCUGCUUUUUUGUCUCCAAGGGACUCUCCUGGCUCUUCUGCCUCCCAGAGCCAGAUUCUUCAGUGAAUGGAGUUAGGAUUGUUGUUGUUCUUGUGGGCAGGAAUGGGGCUUUUGAGUUACACUCGUGGAAGACAGCAUCGAGUCCGGAGUGCUACUUGAUAGAACAGGAUCACCGCCGCACUGCGCCUGUGCGUGUUGCUCAGCCUCACGCUGUACACCGUGUCCUACUGCAGGGAAUGUUGGCUUGGGCACUUUGUGAUGUCAUUACCUGUUUUUCUUAUGCUCCAGAAAACUUACUGCAGUGUGGUUUUCGUUGAUUUUUUUUUCCAUGGUGCAUGUCAGACAGAUGCCACGGAUCUUACCGAUUUAUGUGCCUUGGUGCUUGGAGUAUGUACGAGGCAGUGUUUGGGUAGGACGUGAGUCUGACUGUCCCAGGCCUGGCUCCUGGGACGGUGCCCUCGAGGAUGGCCUGCGGAGCACUGCAGGACGCCUACAUUAAACUCACCCUCCGUCUGAAACUUACUUUUCUUGGUACAGGACCCCGCAAAAGCCGUGGGCCUGCAGACCACCAUGAUGUAUGUUCCGACUUCCAUGAGUAUUUUUUUUAACAGAAACUCAGUGUCACCUGUAAAGAUUCUAGGAGUGAAAGGGACCAGCAUACACUUCACGUUCCAGGAGUGGAAGUACUUGCCCCGGAGCCUUCCUCUUGACAGGCUUAUUGACUCAGAGUUCGAGGAGAAUCUCGUUAUAUGGUGGUCUCAGGUUAUAACAGGGUCCCUGAGGGGGAUGUUGUAGGGGGUCUAGAAAAUUCAGUGGUUAUUCAUUCCUAUUAAAAAUUUCCUCACAAAAGAAUCCUCAAGCUGUGGCUGUUCAGAGGAAAGGUGUCACCAGGUAUAACAAAUUGUAACUUUAAAAAGCAUGUUGAUUUUUUAUAAAUUUAAGU